GAAAAGGAGCUCUCUCUCUCUCUCUCUCUCUCUCUCUCCCCUUCUCUGUAUGGAGAGUUUUGUUCUCAUUCUGAUCUCCCAAACUGAGACGUCUCUCUGUCUUCAUUUCCUCCACUAAUUUUGCCCAAAUUUUCUACCUUUUCUUCCUCCCUCUUACGUAGUUUCAGUUCCCUAAUCCUCUUUCCUUCUAUCUUCUUCUAUAAAUGCUCUGUUUCUUUGAUUCCGCCUUUUGUUUUUCCUAAACUCUCUCUCUCUCUCUCUCUCUCUCUCUAUCUGAAUUCCGAUCAUUCUUCACCAAGCUUUAAUUUUACUUAAACGGAUAAACCUACUGUUGUCGGUUCUUUCUUCUGGAAAAGCAACUCAAUUUUGUCGAAAUAAAUUUCUCUCGUCUUUUCCAAAACCAUGUCGCAAACUCUGAUCGAGCCGGCAUUGCCGGAAUCUUCUUCUUCUUCGAGUGAUGGCUCUGUUUCUGAGAGAUCUGUGGAGGAGAAUCGUCAAUUCUCGCAUCUCAGAAGUGUGCAGUGGCGUAGAAAUCUUGGAAUUUUGCCCUCUCCUCCUUCCUCUUCCACUGAUGAUCUCCGUCGGGUCACCGCAGAUUCUCGGAGGAGAUAUGCUGGUUUGAGAAGGCGCCUCCUAGUUGAUCCCCAUAUUCCCAAGGAUGGAAGCAGUUCUCCUGAUCUUGUAAUGGACAAUCCACUGUCACAAAACCCAGAUAGUACCUGGAGUCGUUUCUUUCGAAACGCUGAGCUGGAGAAAAUGGUUGACCAGGAUUUGUCACGUUUAUAUCCGGAACAUGGAAGCUAUUUCCAGACACCUGGAUGCCAAGGCAUGUUACGACGAAUCUUGUUGUUGUGGUGCCUGAGACAUCCAGAGUAUGGUUACAGACAAGGGAUGCAUGAACUAUUGGCUCCUCUAUUAUAUGUUCUUCAAGUUGAUGUGGAGCGACUCUCUCAAGUUCGAAAGCUUCAUGAAGAUCACUUCACUGACAAAUUUGAUGGCUUAUCAUUUCAUGAAAAUGAUCUGACCUAUAAUUUUGAUUUUAAAAAAUCUCUAGACCCUAUGGAAAAUGAGAAUGGAGACCAUGGAAAUGUGACAAAAGUUAAAAGUCUUGAUGAGCUUGAUCCUAACAUACAAACUAUUGUGUUGCUAAGCGAUGCUUAUGGGGCUGAAGGCGAACUUGGUAUCGUCUUAUCUGAGAAAUUUAUGGAACAUGAUGCAUACUGCAUGUUUGAUGCUUUGAUGAGUGGAUCCUGUGGGUCAGUUGCAAUGGCAGAUUUCUUCUCUUCCACAGCUGCCGGUGGAUCCCUCCCUAGCUUACCUCCUGUCCUCGAAGCAUCUGCUGCAUUAUAUCACCUGCUAUCUAUUGUUGACUCGUCUCUACACAGCCACCUUGUUGAGCUCGGGGUCGAACCCCAAUACUUCGCGCUUCGCUGGUUACGGGUUUUAUUUGGACGUGAAUUUUCACUGGAAGACCUUUUAGUAAUCUGGGAUGAGAUAUUUGCAUCAGAUAAUAGUAAUUUAGACAAAAUUGCUGAAGAGGACAUAGGCUCCAGCUUUGGGCUCCUUAAUUCAGCUCGGGGAGCAUUUAUUUCAGCGAUGGCAGUUUCAAUGUUACUUUAUUUGAGAUCCUCCCUGCUUGCCACUGAACAUGCUACUUCCUGUCUUCAGAGAUUAUUAAACUUUCCUGCAAAUGUCAAUUUAAAGAAACUGAUAGAAAAGGCAAAGUCCUUGCAUGAGAUUGCACUGAAGUCUAAUCUCUCAUCCUCAUCUCCAUUUGGUGGGGUUUUUAACCAGAGCAAAUCAGCUGUUGUGAGAGGUCACAGCCUAUCAUCCGAUUCUAUUUCUCCAAAAACCCCUUUAAAUCUGGUACCUGAUAGCUACUGGGAAGAGAAGUGGAGAGUUUUACACAAGGCUGAAGAACUUGGGCAAGGUGAAUUAAAGAAACAAAUUUCAGCCCCGAAAAGAGGGUGGACAGAAAAAGUAAAAAUGAGUCUCUCCAGAACAGGAUCAUCUCCAGCAAAGGUUGAGAGUGGCAAAAAGGAAAGCAAGCCAUCUGUUAGGCGAAGUUUGAUUGAAGAUCUCUCUCGAGAACUGGGCUCAGAUGAAGACAUUGAGAAAGUAUGCUGUGAUGUAGUUUCAAGCCAGAAGGGCAAUCUCUCUGUUGAAGUUGAGGUUGAGGUGGAAGGUGACAACGAGAAGGAAAUUACUUGCUGUGCUGAAAGGAGAUGUUCAAGUGGGAAUACUGGCAGUGAAGAAAAUUCAUCUAUUUUUUCGGACCCAACAAGUCCUCUUAGUGGGGCUAAUGACCAUGAAAAUUACUCUGACAAAAGUAGUGUUGCAUCAAACUUAUCCCUUGAUGAAAAUGAUGAUCAUUCAAUGACCAUCCCAGAUGAUCCAUCUCUUCCAGUUUCUGAUCACCCUGAAGAUUUAUGCCAAAAAUCUGGAUGCGACAAUGGCUCCCCAGAAAAUGCAGUGAUAGGUUUAAAAGAACGAAAGCCUCUUUCAGGUAAAUUGCAGUGGUUUUGGAAGUUUGGGCGGAAUGCUUCUUGCGAGGGUACAUCUGAGAAAGGAGGAGGUGCGCUUGAGGCUACAAAAUCUGUUAGCAGUACAGAUAACCAGGAUAAUACUGCUGGCUCUCUGACUGCUAAUGCUUCUUGUAACUCUUCUGUUAGCUGCAAAGGAGAUGCUAUGGACCAGAAUAUGAUGGGUACUUUGAGGAAUCUUGGACAGUCUAUGCUUGAACAUAUUCAGGUAAUUGAAACCGUCUUCCAGCAAGAUCGGGGUCAGGUGGGAUCAUUGGAGAACUCAUCUAAAAAUGGCUUGGUUGAAAAAGGACAAGUUACGGCCGUGACAGCUCUCAAGGAGCUACGGAAAAUCAGCAAUCUUUUAUCCGAGAUGUGAGCUGCUUGCUUUUUAUUUACAUCGACCUGUAUAUAUAUAUAUAUAUAUAUAUACAGGUCUUGUAAGUUGUAAUUAGUAAUUACUAUUCUUUGGAGCCAAAAUAAAACAGAGUUCCUUCAUCUUCUUUCUUCCGCAUUUUAUGAUAAAUUUUUAAAUCUGAAUUUUAAUGUCUUAGAGAGACCAACAUGUAUAUACGAGUAUUUUGUGUAAUAAUUUUGUAGAUUAUAAAAUGUCUUUAGAGGA